GCAGUGGAUCGACCCAUCUGGUCUCGGCUCUGCGCUGACAUCGUCCUGCCCGCAGGCUGAUCGACGGCGAAGACAUUGGCUCGCGUGCACACUGGGCAGAUGCAGCGCGAGCUCGGGCGAUUGGCAAGCAAGCGAGGUGACGCGCUUGCGAGGCUCAAAGUACUCGAGAGAGACCCGGCUCACCAUCAGCAUGCUCGCCCAUGCUCAGCCAUCGGUCAUGCACGAACGAUCAGGCGCUCAACAGCGGGCUUUCAAUCCAUACUCGGAGAACGGCGGUACGAUCCUGGCUGUGUCGUCGAGAGACUUUGCAGUCGUAGCCUCAGACACUCGACAGUCGGAAGGCUACUCGAUCCAGUCUCGCUACCAGCCGAGAGUGUUUGCACUGACGGACGAGACCGUCAUGGCGACUCAAGGCUUCAUGGCCGAUUCCAACACGCUCGUCAAAAAGCUCAGACAGCGUCUGGAGUGGUACUUUCAUACACAUCAAAAGUACCCUGACUUGACCGCCAUCGCUCGACUCGUUCAGACGAUGCUCUACGGCAAGCGCUUCUUCCCCUACUACUCCUACGUCAUCUUGGGAGGUAUCGACCGAGAUGGCACUGGCGCGGUGUACUCUUUCGACCCGGUGGGCAGCUACGAGCGCGAGAGCUGUCGAUCUGCCGGUGCGGCUCAGUCGCUCGUACAACCGUUCUUAGACAACCAGGUCAUGGGCAAGAACCAGAAUCUACCAAAGGGCGAGAGCAUCUUGGACGAAGAGGGGCGGUCGAACUUGCCUCUUGAGCGAGUGCUCGGUCUCGUCGUCGACUCCUUCACGGGCGCAACGGAGAGGCAUAUCGAAGUUGGCGAUGGGCUGGAGAUGUACGUCCUCAAGGUCGUCAGCAGGGAAGGCGGCAAGAACAAGGUCGAGCUGGACAUCGUUCGGAGAGAUCUCAAGCGAGAUUGAUCUGCAAGCCAAAUGCAUUCUUCGUGUUGUCAGGAUUGGAUCAGUCAAUCGUCGCGACUUGCUCU